AUGGAUUUUGGAGCAGGAAUAAUUCCUUCUGAACCCACAUUUAUCAGUGAAUGGAACUACCUAAAAGCACAAGAUGAUACGAAAAGCGAACUUUUCGUUCAUUUCCCAGAUAGCGUUGACACAACAACAAGACCCGUAAAAGUAACUGUGGAAGUAAGGAUAAAAGCUAGCGGGAACUCGUACAUCUUUAACGCGUUCGGUUCUUCUCCACGAGACGAUGACACUCCAAAAAAAUAUGGCGGAGUUAUAUAUUUCUAUAAUGCAAGUGGUGUUAUUAUUAUGUUGCCAAGCAGUACCAACCAAUUCAAAUCCGGAGGAGCUGUGUAUUGUGGUGAAAAGAAAGAUUGGUAUUACCCAACUUCUCAUCAAAAUAAAACUAUUGAUGAAAUCGAUUUUGUCGAGGCCGAAGUUCGAGUGAAAAUGUGGCAACAAAAGGACAUGCCUCCAAGAUAUGACUCUGGAUUCGUAUACACGAUGACUUCAAGGAACUUAAGCAAAGGAGCAGUAGUGACUUACUUAGAAGUGCCAGUCAAGAUACAUCCAGAUAUUGUGGUAGUACAAGCUGAACCAGUGAAUCCGUUUUCUAGGAUGCCUGGAUUGAUUUCAGAAGGAAACGGGAUGCCUGCAUGCCUUAGAUGUGGUUUUCAAACUGGAAGUCUGACGUUUGCAUUCAAUGCUUCUCAUGUUCGCCUAUGGGUUAAGUCGUUAUAUCCAAUAAUAAGUGCAAUGGACGGAUGGGGAAGAAACGAGUAUUAUCAUUUUGGGACACAUGCAGUUAGAGUCAGAAUCCUUUCCUGGACGCUUGACAGUGCAGUAAACUCGAGUGGAAUGACAACAAAGAUUGGAGACCAUUCAACCACAACCCCAAAAUUGGUCUUUCCAAGUGAAACUGUCACAAAAGAUUUACUUGUGCAGGUUUUGAUUCGUCCCUUGAGUGGCCCCAAUGGUAAUUUCUCGUUUUAUGGAGCUGGUUCAGUGGUCACGUUUCGUGGUUAUGGAACUUCACACAGAUAUUCUGGACUUGUGUUCGGCUACAACAACUUCGGUGUUUACGUCUGGAGAGUGAAACCUACCAACAUGUCGUACGUGUUCGAUAUUGAUUAUCCAUGGGGAAGUGGACGACAAAAACAACAAACAAAUGACGUGGAAAUCGACAUUCGUGUGAUUGGAUUGAUGAAGAAAGCUAAAAGAAAAUGUAUGUGUCCUUGUAAUAAGGUUCAUGCAGUAAGGUACACAAGCACCAACGAAGAAGCAUUAACGAAAGAAAUUGUGAAGAUGAAAAAAGAACUCAUGGUUUUAAAAAAUGAAACAUCUGUUGCCAUGAGAAGAAAGAUCAGUGUAAAAGAUUCACGGCCGUCUGCCGCAGCUUCUGGUGCUGUUUGGGUGAUAUUUCUGUUAGCUAUGGUUGGUUUCAUCGUUAUUCCGGAUGUGAUAUCAGGGGUUAGAUUUAUUUUAGAUUUUGGAGCAGGAAUAAUUCCUUAUGAACCCACAUUUAUCAGUGAAUGGAAAUACGUAAAAGCACAAGAUGAUACGAAAAGCGAACUUUUCGUUCAUUUCCCAGAUAGCGUUGACACAACAACAAGACCCGUAAAAGUAACUGUGGAAGUAAGGAUCAAAGCUAGCGGGAACUCGUACAUCUUUAACGCAUUCGGUUCUUCUCCACGAGACGAUGACACUCCAAAAAAAUAUGGCGGAGUUAUAUAUUUCUAUAAUGCAAGUAGUGUUAUUAUUAUGUUGCCAAGCAGUACCAACCAAUUCAAAUCCGGAGGAGCUGUGUAUUGUGGUGAAAAGAAAGAUUGGUAUUACCCAACUUCUCAUCAAAAUAAAACUAUUGAUGAAAUCGAUUUUGUCGAGGCCGAAGUUCGAGUGAAAAUGUGGCAACAAAAGGACAUGCCUCCAAGAUAUGACUCUGGAUUCGUAUACACGAUGACUUCAAGGAACUUAAGUAAAGGAGCAGUAGUGACUUACUUAGAAGUGCCAGUCAAGAUACAUCCAGAUAUUGUGGUAGUACAAGCUGAACCAGUGAAUCCGUUUUCUAGGAUGCCUGGAUUGAUUUCAGAAGGAAACGGUAUUUAUGGGUAG